AUGAGUGUUUUAAGAAAACAUCAAUUCUAUGUAAAGAAGUCUAAGUGUGCAUUUGCUCAGAAGAAGAUUGAUUACUUGGGGCAGACCAUUACUGAUAAAGGAGUCAGCAUGGAUUACCCUAAAAUCAAUAGCAUUUUACAAUGGCCUGUACCUCAAUCAGUGAAGGAAUUAAGGGGAUUUUUGGGUCUCACAGGUUAUUGCAAGAGGUUUAUAAAACAUUAUGGUCCUGUUUGUAAACCACUCACUGAAUUGUUAAUGAAAGAUAGCUUUAAAUGGAAUAGUCAGGCACAAGGCUUCUUUGAGCACUUAAAAAAGUUGAUAUGCUCAGCUCCAGUUCUCCAGUUGCCAGACUUUAAGAAACCUUUUAUAGUAGAGACAGAUGCUAGUGAGGGAGAAAUUGGAGUAGUAUUAAUGCAAGAAGAGCAUCCCAUUGCCUUUUUGAGCAAGAAACUGAACACUGCUAUUCAGCAUAAAUGGAUGACUAAGUUGUUAGGGUUGGAUUAUGAGAUACAAUAUAAGAAAGGAGCUGAAAAUCAGGUGGCAGAUGUGUUAUCCAGGAGACAUGAAGCUGCAUCCAAGAUGGAAGUUAGAUCCUGUUUGGCAAUUAUAUCUGUUAAACCUGGAUGGAUUGAGGAGUUGCAGAAAAGCUAUGAAGGUGACCUAUACUGUCAAAAUAUUAUGAGCCAACUAAUAUUGGAUCCCAAUUCCCAUGCUGACUACACUCGAUUGGAUGGGAUCCUAAAGUAUCAAGGUAAAAUUUAUGUGGGAAGUGCCAACAGCAUCAGGAGCCAACUAAUUCAGACAUUGCAUGACUCAGCAAUAGGAGGUCACUCAGCCAAAUAUUACGGGCCAUUUCAGGUAGAGGAAAAGAUUGGAGCAAUAGCCUACAAACUAAAACUUCCAGCAGAUGCAAGAUCGCACCCUCUAUUUCAUGUUUCAUUGUUAAAGAAGAAACUGGGGUUAUUACAGAGCAGUUCAUCUAAGCUACUAGAGUUGGACGAACAUGAUCAGUGUCCAUUGAAACUAGAAACUAUCUUGAAGAGAAGAGUUAUCAUGCGAGAGGGGAAACCCGUCAUCCAGUUCUUGAUCAAAUGGAAUCAUUUGAGCUAUGACGAAACAUCAUGGGAUGACAAGUCUUUUAUUGAAAAUCAGUUCCCUGACUUCCAGACUUGA